ACACUAUCGCACAUCCUUCCGCUGGCUUGACGCUUGGUGGCUUCUCUCUGCUGGAGCUUCAGUAUUUACAUCAAUAUUAUCUUAAGCCUACCCGCCGCUGCUGUCCAGCACAGACAGCCAGACAGGGAGUCCAGCCGUCGGUAGGACAGCUCUUUAUCUUUUUUUCCCUCUCUUGCAGGGCGGCUGUCCGUCACACUUAGGACUUCUUUUGUGCAUUUUGGAGCUCUUUCCUAUGAUGUUGCCGAGUGAUAUCCGUCUACCUUGUGCACUGCAGUGGUGCGCAGCUUCGCCUGGAGAAACACCUGUGCGCCUCUCCUCUCUACUGGCCACAGUCAUGAAUGUUGAGUAGGGAGCAGAUAACCCUACGGCGCGGUGUCUGUCUGCAUUUGUCUGCAAGAACAAGAGAGGGAGAAGCACAAAUACCGCACAACCAGACAUCAUGCAAGGAGAAAGCUUCCCUCGCUGCAGAGAGCUGAAAUGUUAGCACUGAAGAGCGAGUGUGUCAGAUCAAAUCAGCAGACUGUUUACAUCAGGGAGGGCGAUAAGAGCUGCUUGACACCAGAGACACUAACGCCCUGUGUGUGGUUUAAGGCCCCUUUCAAUCACAGUCGAGAAAAGACGCGUUAACUGACCCUUCAUCAGCACUUUAUAGUUCCGUCCGAUUCAGCAGUCCAGAGACGAGCCCAAAUGGAGUGGUCACUAGAGAGUGUGAGGGAGAUGGUGGCAGGAGGGAUGCAGUCUAUAAGGGAGUGUGAGAUCUGUGCUUUUGCCAUAGCCAUGUGUGUGCUGCUGCUGUUCAUGUGGUAUUGCUACAGGGUGGGCCGGGAGCACGGCUCCAGCCCCCUGCGUGGGCGGUACCUGGCCGGGCCUGGUCGGAUCGGAGGGGUGGUGGGGGGCUUCAUGAGUUCAGACUGUCGCGGCAGGGGCAAAGGGAAGCACGGGUCGCUGCUGGAGGAGCAGAACGGCUUCGCUUUCUGUCAGUCGUCCGAGUGCUUCCGCUGCACAAGUGCAGGGGAGAGUCUGAACCAGAGGCUCUAUCACAGCCUGCAGGAUUACGCCAAGCGCUACACCUGGUCAGGUAUGGGCAGGGUGCACAAAGGAGUCCGGGACCAAGGCCGGUACCUCAACAGCCGACCCACCAUCCAGCGGCCAGAGGUGUUCUUCCUCCCCGACCUACCGUCAGCCCCUUUCUUCUCCAGAGAAGUGCAGAGACAUGACGUGGAGCUGCUGGAGCAGAGCUUCCCCGCCCUCCUGGCAGAGUUUGAGAGCAUCUACCACCAGCCUCCGGCCCGCAGCGGCUCCUCGCUGCCACCAGGCUGGAAGGUCAACAGCACUCCUCGUGGGCAGUGGUGGACCUACUACCUGGUCAACCAAGGCACCCCUCUGGUUCUGAAUGUCAGGAGAUGCCCUCGGGCCUGGAGGGUGCUGGGCCAGCUGCGCACCUUCAUCGCUAACAACGUGUUUGGAAACGCCUGCUUCUCUGUGCUGACGCCUGGAGCUCUCAUCACCGAGCAUUACGGUCCAACAAAUGUCAGGCUGCGCUGCCACCUGGGUCUCAGAGUGCCCCCUUCCUGUGAGCUGGUCGUCGGUGGAGAGCCACAGUGCUGGUCUGAGGGCAGCUGUCUGCUUUUCGAUGACUCCUUCCUCCACAGGGCUUUCCACGAGGGCGGCGCAGAGGACGGCCCCAGGGUGGUCUUCAUGGUGGACCUGUGGCACCCCAACGUGGCCGCUGCUGAGAGACAAGCCUUGGACUACAUUUUUACUCCGGGCCGUUUGGAGGACAAGGAGGGAAAAUAGGUGUGAGUGAGAAACCAUGUCCAAGCAAGCAAGCGACAGAUGGCAUUUAGGGAAGUGUCUGUAGGAUUGGGGAGCAACUCUUUUUCUGCCUCCAGACCAGCUCUCACAUUCACUGUGUACAUAAUCUCCGGCUCAUCCAGUAUUACUCAUAACUCUUCUUAGCAGAUGACCAAACAUUGGGCCUCUUUUAUCAAUCGCGUUUUUGUCUGUACAGUUGUGUAAGAUGCAGCCAUACUUUAAAUCCCACACUUGCAUUUUCCCAGAACAUAGCAGUUGAUGCCGCCAUCUUAUUCAUGUGUAUUUAUACUACGGCUGGUGACAUUUCAGCUCAGAAGUUGCUGUUUUUUCAAUUGCUGAAUGUUUACUGGCGCAUACAUGAAUGAACACUAAGAAUGUUGCCCGGCGAUCAGUUGUCACCAAAUAUGUUAUUUCACAUUUCCAUUUUUCCAUCCUCUAACUUUGGGCCAAUUCUGAAAAUGAUUUCUAAGAUUCCAUGUGCUGCUCCCAUCGCAUUUAUUUAGGUUGUUAUUGAAGCUGAUACAGAGCAAAGUGCAUUACAGACACGUUAAGGGGCUCUUAGGGAGCCAAACAAUAAUGUAUCACUCUGUUGCUGUUAUGCUUCACAGAAUUUAAAGGUCUAAAGGCCAAACUAUUCUAUUAGCUAUAAAUGAAGGUAGUGUCUACAGAUACGGACCCGUACCCGUAGCCUGUGGCCUACGGAUACGGCACUUUCCAUUUGCCAGACAGAUACGGACCCGUACGCGAGUCUCACGAGUCAAGAAGCUGCUAACCACUGCAAACUGUUGAAAGGUAAGCAAAGGUUAAGGUUAGGGUUAGGUUUAGGGUCCGUACCUGUAGUACCGAUGCUACGGGUCCGUACCGCUAGCGUCUACCGGGAGUCACGUGACCAGAUCUCGCGUAUCUGAUUGGCAAAUGGAAAGUGCUGUAUCCGUAGGCCGGAGUCACUGAAUUGGGGCCAGUUUUACUCCACUGUAUUAUAGUGGGCCGGUAGAAAUAAUAUGAGGGUAACUUUGGUGGAAGGCAGCCCAAAGGUUCGAGAAGUAGAUUAGUAACUAGAAGUUUCCUGAUUGGCUGUAUCCGGGUCAUCCAGUCAGUAGAAAUUAGAAAUGAUUCUGGUAUUUUUUGUGCAUUUUUUUUUCCAUUGGCGAAAGAAACAUAAAAGUCAAAUGUUUAUUAUUAAAUACUCAUUGUGAAAAUCUUUUUUUUCAUGCUACUAUGCCUAUAUGGUGUUUUUUUAUAUGCAGUAAGACACAUCAUGAGCAAAAUAAGCAAUCAACACCAUCUCCACCUUAAAGCUGCAGUGUACCGAUGACAGUCUCCAAAACAAGGAUUCAAGCUUCUGAGUUUCAUACGUAACAAACCUAAAGCUUUCGGAUUUCUGUAUCUUUAUCCUUCUUCAAAAUCGUGUCCCAGUUCUAAGAUGUAUGACUGAAAUACUCCAAUAUUCCACUUGUUGUUGUGUUGUGUAGUGUAGUUUUACAGUGUUUGAGCUGGUGUGCUCGAGCUGCAGUGAGUGGAGACAGAAGCAGGGACUUUAUAGAUCCGCACAUUCUAGAAGAACUGACGUGUAAAGGUACAUCUAAGCCAUUUUAAGAUAAGAAGGGUUUAUUUUAAUAGGAAAAAAUCCAAAUAUGUGACUCUGGUACACAGAAGCGAGUUUUUAGGGAUUUAAUCAAUGACCGGAGAGGGACUUUGAGACGCACAAGUGGGUGGACUAAAUGCCUCCCUGUUCAGAGCUACGUGGCACUAAGUUAGCAUUCAUGAGCCCCGGCUUGUUCCCAGGACUUAAGAAAGGCACAUGACGACAUGUAACACCCGCAUACAUUUCUGCAAGGGCUAAGAAAUUUGGUAAUUUUUUAUAUUCCUCUGCAUAUCCAGUCACACUUAAAAUUUCGAUUCAAAUCAAGACACCCAUCAUCUGAGAGUUUGCACGAACACUUUCAUAUAUAGGAAACACUUUAGACUGUUUACAUUUCUAUGAAUGACUGGACACUCCCCUGCUUGCAGAAUGUUGACAUACCGUGAUUGUAAUGCUCAUUAUGAUUUAUACAAAGCCACGGCGUAAUUAUUGAUCAAGUGAAGGGAGUACUGCUUUGGUGACUGUAAGCCAAUUGUGCAAAAGUGAAUUUAACAAUUAGAGCAGAACAGAUAAAUAAGCAAUGUCGGAUCCUUCUUUAAAUUGAAUUUUGAGCUGUUUGACAUUCUUACUAAAUUGCCAGCUGUUCUAUAGAUAGUGUAAUAAUAGCUACAAUUGUCUUAUCAAUGUCAAGGUGAACAGGUUUAUCUGUGUGUAGUUUGGUAACUGAGGUCCAAUGUCGAUCAUGAUUUGAAUGUUUACAGACGCAGCUAAUGUCUCUGUCAUGAACCCUUCCAGUGUGGUAGUUAAUUGUACUCCCCCUUUGAGAAUCAGUCCUGCUUUCACAAGACAUGGUUAGAUAAGCACAUUUUUAGGUCAAACUGUGUGAGUCGGCCUGUGCUGUAACACUGGAGAUGAAGCGUUUUUGGUAAAUUUACUAAACUCUUGUAAUCUGGUUGCAUUUGAUAUCAGGUUUGUAUUUCUGUAAAUAUGGUUGAGGUAACAAAAACAAAGUGAAUGGUCUGAGAUGUUUCGAGAUGAUUGUCUUCAAUGCUUUGACUAUUGUGUUGUCUUGAUUUCUAGCUAAAGUGAUCGCAUUUCAUUCCCCCAUUUCGAACCCACAAAGUCAUUUUGAUAGAUUCAAUUUGUAUAUUCUGUAAAAUGUUUAUGAAGUACUAUCUCCUGUUGUUCUGUGAUGUUGUUUUUUUUAAAUCCCUGUGAUUUUGCAGCACCAUUAUUAAAGCCACAGUCCUUCAGCGGCACUUCAUGGAUAUGUGUGCACAGUCUAAAACGAGUCUUCUGCAGCUUUACUAGUCCACUGCAAUUCAAGAUCCCCAUCUGUUCAGUUCUAAUGUUUACAGAGAUAUGAUCGUUUAUGAGCUGUUUACAGAAUCGGAUGGCGCUGACACUCACAUUGAGCUGUCCAUAAUUAGGUUUCAAAUCAAGAGUGCUGUUAAUCCACCUUAGAGUACGAACACUGUCAUCAACAAAGCAUUUGCUUUCCAGUAUAUGAUGGGGCAACCAUUUUGUUUACAUUUGGAUUAAGGAUUUGUCCUUUAACACGGUCUUGUGUGGAUUUUGAACAGUAUUUCUGUACAUUUAAUAAAUGGUCGAGUAUCUUAUUUAA